GUCCCCGAGCGGUGGGAGGGGCAGGACUCGCGGUCUGGCAGAUGUGUCUCGGAGCACAGAGACCGCGGGGGCCGGGUUAAACACUGUACCUCGGGGAACGGAACCGUGAAGGCUAAUUAGGACAAGUCGGAACAGGGAACAGGGACGUGGGGAGGGGAGCGCGCACUAAGGUGGACCGUGUCCAGGGCGAUCUCAGGAAACCCAGGAGUGGGGUAAUAGGACCCAGGACGACUUUUUGCCCACGGUUCCCAGGUGUUCUGGACUCGGCCCACGGUGUUAGGGACGCGCGCGUUGGCGUUCCCACGCACAUUUGGUGACCCGGGGGCCCGGGACGGAUCGCUCGUGCAAGAGUCCAAAGCAGCAAACAGUGCCCCGCGUGUGUCUCACGGGAGACCCAAGACGAAGGUGACAAAGACUAGGUGUCCGCCACGGAGACGCACGAAGGUGGCCCCGCGCGGGUCUCAGUGCGCGCGCGCUGGAACAUGCGGAGGGGAGACCUGCCGGCGAGGUGUGCUGGGCUGCACCCCAAACCGCUUUCCGGUGAGAAAGCAGAGUCCAGAAAGUGAGUGCGCGUGAGUGUGCGCGCGCCCGCGUUCGGGGGCGUGGCAGUAAACAGCAACAACCCACACGCCAGACUGGCCAGAAACUCCAAUCUCCCUCUGCUGGAAAGGGCGAGUCGUUGGAGCCUGGAGGGACCCAGGUGGAGCCUGGCCUGGGAGCCAGGAUGGCCGUCCACAAAGCCUUGCUGACGUGCCUCGGACUGCCUCUCUUCCUGUUCCCAGGGACUCAGGCCCAGAACUCUGCCCCACCUGGCUGCAGCCCGGACCUCAACCCCCUCUAUUACAACUUAUGUGACCGCUCUGGGGCUUGGGGCAUCAUCUUGGAGGCCGUGGCUGGGGCGGGCAUCGUCACCACUUUUGUCCUCACCAUCAUCCUUGUGGCCAGCCUCCCCUUUGUACAGGACACCAAGAAGCGGAGCCUGCUGGGGACCCAGGUGUUCUUCCUGCUGGGGACCCUGGGCCUCUUCUGCCUCGUCUUUGCCUGCGUGGUGAAGCCUGACUUCUCCACCUGUGCCUCUCGGCGCUUCCUCUUUGGGGUCCUGUUUGCCAUCUGCUUCUCCUGCCUGGUGGCCCACGUCUUCGCCCUCAACUUCCUGGUCCGGAAGAACCGCGGGCCCCGGGGCUGGGUGACCUUCACCGUGGCCCUGCUGCUGAGCCUCGUGGAGGUGAUCAUCAACACGGAGUGGCUGAUCAUCACGCUGGUGCGGGGCGGUGGCGGCGAGGGUGGCCCUCCGGGCAAUGGCAGCGCCGUCUGGGCCGCCGCCUCCCCCUGCGCCAUCGCCAACAUGGACUUCGUCAUGGCGCUCAUCUACGUCAUGCUGCUGCUGCUGUGCGCCUUCAGCGGGGCCUGGCCCGCCCUGUGCGGCCGCUUCCGGCGCUGGCGGAAGCAUGGGGUCUUCGUGCUGCUCACCACGGCCACCUCCAUCGCCAUCUGGGUGGUGUGGAUUGUCAUGUACACCUACGGCAACAAGCAGCGUAACAGCCCCACCUGGGAUGACCCCACGCUGGCCAUCGCCCUGGCUGCCAAUGCCUGGGCCUUUGUCCUCUUCUAUGUCAUCCCUGAGGUCUCCCAGGUGACCAAGGCCAGCCCGGAGCAAAGCUACCAGGGGGACCUGUACCCUACCCGGGGCGUGGGCUACGAGACCAUCCUGAAGGAGCAGAAGGGCCAGAGCAUGUUUGUGGAAAACAAGGCAUUUUCCAUGGACGAGCCAGCCUCAGGUAAGAGACCAGUGUCACCGUACAGCGGGUACAACGGGCAGCUGCUGACCAGUGUGUACCAGCCCACUGAGAUGGCCCUGAUGCACAAAGCCCCGGUGAGUGGGGUCCCCAGGUCCCCACACCAUGUUGGGGCCAUAUGGUCCGAAGGAGGUUACGACGUCAUCCUCCCACGGGCCACCGCCAACAGUCAGGUGAUGGGCAGCGCCAACUCCACCCUGCGGGCCGAAGACAUCUAUGCGGCCCAGAGCCGCCAGGAGACCACACUGCCGAAGGAAGGCAAGAACUCUCAGGUCUUUAGAAACCCCUACGUGUGGGACUGAGUCUCAGCACCAGGAGGAGGCGGGCAGAUCCGGGGAGGCCUCUGGGCCGGGGCAAGGAUCUUCCCAGGAGCCCGCUGUCUCCCCCUCCCUCCCUCCUCGCUGGCUCAGGGCAGGUCGUGAGCCUCUGCCAUCUGCCAGUGUUCAGGUGGGUGUCCCCACCGACUCCUCAGUGUUUGUGGAGUCCAGGAGCCAGCUCCGGCUUCAUGCCAGGGCCACCUCCGGCGGUCACGCUCCAGCCAAAUAAGUGUCCUUCUGCGGGUGGUGGCUGGUCAGCGCCUACAUUCUCUGCAGUCUUCAGAGAGAGUCCUGCAACCUUGAGAGACUUCGCAGGCGCUUCUGUCCUGGGUCCUGCUCCUCUGUGAGGAGCAGAGGAGCCUAAUAAACACGUUUCUGCUUUAUUAA